AUGCCGGCCGAGGAAGAACCCGUGGCCAUGGACGCACGGGACCCACCCGGCUCGCCCCAACAAUUCUGCCUCCGGUGGAACAAUUAUCAAUCGAACUUAACCAGUUGUUUCGACCAGCUGUUCCAAACGGAAACUUUGGUGGACGUCACGCUCGCGUGCGAUGGGAGGAAGCUGAAGGCCCACAAGGUGGUGCUGUCCGCGUGCAGCCCCUACUUCCAGAGCUUGUUCAUGGACAAUCCCAGUGAGCAUCCCAUCGUCAUAUUGCGCGACAUAAUGUACAGCGACCUGAAGGCCGUCGUAGAGUUCAUGUACCGGGGAGAGAUCAAUGUGUCGCAAGAGCAGAUCACGGGCUUACUGAAAGUGGCGGAGACCCUGAAGGUGCGUGGCUUGACGGACGUGAACGGGGAGCAAGCUGUGCUACGCGCGGAGAGCGCACAGAGAGAGAUGGAGGCUUGCACCCAGAAACGGCCGAUGGAGGAUGAAAACUCGCUACCGUCUUCGAAGAUCAGGCGGCGGGCGUCAGAGCUGGAGCGGAGCCCUAGACAGAGCCCUCGCGAGUCCCCAUCUACGCCAGCUGACCUGCUGCCUCCACCAGACGUCAGCGUGCCGAUGCCCAUCCACGGCGACGAUGCUGACAUAAGACCCGGCAUUGCCGAAAUGAUUCGCGAGGAGGAAAGGGUGAGUCGCCAUGUUUGA